AUGUCCUCCAUUGGAGGCUCCAUCGGCUUCGUUGGCUCCACCGUCUAUGCUAUCACAAAAGGUGCAAUGAACCAACUGACGAGGAGUUUGGCCACCGAGUGGGCCCCUGACAAGAUCCGUGUGAACGGUGUCGCCCCAGGAUUUAUCACAACCGAUAUGAUUAAAGACAUGGAUACGGAGUACCUGGAACAGGAGCACUCCAAAACCCCGUUGCGGCGGAGUGGCAAGCCAGCUGAGAUCGCCUCCGCGGUGGCAUUUCUGUGCAUGCCGGCGGCUUCCUUCAUCACCGGGCAGGUCAUCUGCGUCGACGGUGGUCGGACCAUUAGUGCUUAA